AUGAGCGGUCUCGCCGAUCCCCCGUCCAGAAGUCCGCUUAUCCUCACUGCUAUCGAUGCGCCCGGCAAAACCCGCAAGAUUCCUGUCCUUGCCUCCUCUGUUCCUCCCUCCAGCCAGUCCACCGGUGACCCCAUGGAGGUUACUCCUCCUGCCUCGGGUGCCGCGCCCCCCAUUCAUAGCAGUCCCGAUAGCGAUCGGGCGGGCGCAAACAACACCACCGCCACCUCCAAUGGCUCUACUGAACCUUCCAAUGUGAAUCACCAUGCCGCUCCCACUCAAGCCAUCGGUGCGGCUGCUGCUGCUCAGCAGCCCAAGGUCGUUCAGACGGCCUUUAUCCACAAGCUCUACAAUAUGCUAGAAGAUCCCAGUAUUCAACACCUCAUCUCAUGGUCGAGUACGAAUGACAGCUUCGUCAUGUCCCCGACUUCCGAAUUCUCCAAAGUCCUGGCUCAAUACUUCAAACACACCAACAUUUCGUCCUUCGUCAGGCAGCUGAAUAUGUACGGAUUUCAUAAAGUGAGCGAUGUAUUCCACACCGGUUCGCCAGACUCCGCUCUGUGGGAGUUUAAACAUGGGAAUGGCAACUUCAAGCGCGGAGAUCUCGUGGGUUUGCGAGAGAUCAAGCGGCGCGCAUCCCGUCAUGCAUUGAUUCAUCGCGACUCGUUUCCUGGUCACAAGGCCGCCGCCUCCCAGCCCGGCACCCCCGCUGAGCCAGUUCCCGAUGUCACCGAGUCCCGCUUGAUGAACCUGGAGCACUCCAUGUAUGACUUGCAUGCUCGUUUAAGGAACGCCGAAGAAGGAAAUGCGACCCUCAAUGCGAGAUGUCAAUCCAUGGCCGAGAGCUUAACCAGGUGUUAUCACUGGACUCACUCCAUCUCACGGUUCCUCCAAGGCAUGAUCCCCGAUCGCGAGAGCCUUCUGUAUCGAGACGUGGCAACCAUGCAGGCGGAAUUGGAGAAGCAUCUUGAGGCUGUGCGGGCCCUGGAGCAUCCUCCAGACCCGUACUUGGCUGUCCGACAACCUUACGUCACCGGCAUUUCUGGCGAUGCAGGUCCGCCGCUGUCGCCGCGCCAAAUGCCCCCAGAAGAGAGUCGCCGCCCAUCGAUGCUGGACCCCUCGAGGGCCGGUAUGAUUCGACCCCCUGUUCCGCCUCAUCUGGCCGUCUCUCCACGGCGAUACGGGUCAAUCGGCACCGGAAAUUCUUCCCCUAGCUACAAUCGUUCGCAAGUGCCAACGGUCGUCACUCCGCAGCAACCAAUGCCUCAUCCUCUUUCCUCCGUUUCCUCCCCGCCUGGGCCUAAUCUUGCGCGUCGGCACACUUCGGCGGACAUCAGACAGCAUGGCUGGCCGCCAACGGGAGUGUCGCCGUUCCCUACCGCCCAUCCACCGCCUCAGCCGGCGAACCCCUGGUCUCCGUCUCGACACCGCACUCCGACGUCAAGUGAACAGUCAGUCCGAGAUGUGUUGGCCCAGUAUGAAAUGGGGGCGCCGCGGCGUCUGCAGGAAACUCGACACCCCACCCCCCCGUUGCACCCCGAUCAGAACCCCCCGACCGACAACGGCUGGUCCUUAGGACCUAGAUUUCCUCGACAUGAAUCGUCCUUGCCAGCAACUCGACGUUCUAGCAUGGCCAGCAAUGUUCAUUCGCUCCUAAACCCGGCUGACACUGCGGAACGGCCGGACGAAGACCAACACGCCAUGGCUGACGAUCGAAAACGGAAGCGAUUGGAAUAA